AUGACGACUCAGGAAGUCGCAUGUACAGCAUGCAGCUGGACUCUGGAACGUCAGAAUGCGUGUCGCUAUGACAGCCAUGUGAAGUUAUUUUAUGGCGUGAGCGAUCGGGGGGUAUGGUCACUGGGCUCCAAUUUGAUUCUGAAAGAACGAUCAAACAACCCUCCUAAUUUCGAAGCCGAGAACAUUCGAUAUCUGAAGGAAAAGACCUCGAUCCCUAUUCCGAUCAUUAUCGAGGACUGGAGCGAAAAGACGGGGCGAUAUUUCAUGAUAAGCAGACGUAUUCAAGGCGAGCCACUGAGUGCUGUCUGGGCGUCAAUGUCAACUGCUGAGAGGGAGCGAGUGGCACGCCAAACCGCCGAAUUCCUUCAUCAACUCCGACCACUUCAUGCACCUCAAAUGCAGAGCCUACAAGGCCGGCCCAUUUAUUCGGCAUUCUUAUUUCCGGAUACCUACGGUAUUCCUCAUGGACCUUUCUCCUCAGACGACGAGCUUUGGGAAGAAAUGGCCAAAUCGUUGAGUGGACUUCCUGAAAAGGUUCUUCAACGGCUACGCGAGCGUAUGCCCUCCGCGAUGCCAUAUACCUUCACUCAUGGGGAUCUGAACCACGAGAAUAUCAUUGUUGCGGAUGGUAAUCUCGCCGGAAUCAUCGAUUGGGAGGCAAGUGGCUUCUUUCCAGUGUGGUGGGAGUUCACUUGCGCAGGAAUUGGCUUGGGCCAAGCAGAUCAGGAAUGGAAGACACUGCUACGGAAGUACAUGCCAGACUACACAGAGGCUCGCCAAUUCUGGCGGGAUUUCUUUUCACUUUCCAAGUCUCCAAAUUUGGACGAAAGGGGAGUGAUGUUGCUCAAGCAACUGGAACAAUAG